AUGGUACUGCAGUGUCACAACCAGGUCUUCAAGUUCAUUUCCCCGCACGUGGGUCACUGGUACAAGCCGACCAAGCUCUACGCGAACCUGUCCGUGCCUCUCUGGAAGAACAUCUCGAUUCCCGUCGACGAAGCCGAGCGAUACAGCGCGUGCCUAGUCUACGCGCACCCCGGUCACGUCGACGACACCACGGUGGUUCACCGCGAUUCGUGGGAUUACGAUGACAAGUCCAAACAGCAGUCCGCGCGCAGUCUCUGGAGCCUCGUGUGCCACAGGACCUGGCUGCUGACUCUAGCGGAUGCGGUAUACAUGAGUGGCACACUAUUCGUCGUUCCCAUGACCGGUUACGCCGCAUGCACGACGGGUCGCCAGCCGGUGAUCAUGGGAGCCGUGCUGGGGCUCACCUUGAGCUCCGCCGCAGGCUGCUUCACGCAUUCGUUUGUGUUCUACCUGGUCACCGGAUGGUGCUUAAUGCGGGUGAUCGUUGUGGCGCCCACGACGAUUUUGCUGUCGGCGUCCUCGGUUGUCUACGACUCACCUAUAUGGCUGAUUUGUACGGGUCACCUGAAGGAGGCCGACGUUGUCAUGUUCAGAGCGGCCAAGAUCAGGGGCGCGCGGCGCGCCGAAGCGGAAAUGGCUGUUAAAACCAUAAGGUCAGACUUGACCAGGAGCAAUGCUAGCAUGUCCAUGUCCUUCAGGACCAUCGCCAAGUCGGGUGUGAUCCGUUUGAGAGCGGUCAGCGUAUUCUUUUCGAACUUUACCAUUAUGUUCGCUUUCUUUAUCACUAUGAGCAGCAGCCACUUUCAAGAACAGGGCGUUGUCAGGAUUACGUCCGUUAUCGUACUGACUCCAAGCUACCUGGCCAUGUACCACGCACUGAACUCGUGUGGAAGGCUGAAGCUGCUGCUGAUCCUGCUGGCUCUUCUGGGAGGAGUGCCCGCGAUUUGCGGUAUCGCUAUUUAUGCAAAUACUGUCGAGGUGUCUUACGUCCUAGUGAUUGCAGCCAAGGCGACGGCCAGCGUCCUUAUUGCGACCAACUACCUGUAUAUCAUAGAGCUAUUUCCCACUGCCGUUCUCAGCGCCGUCAUGCGCGGCGCUUAA